AUGAGCUGUUGCGCCCUGCGCGAGAAGGAAGGAGAGGCAUCGAACGAACAGAAGUGGGACUAUAUAAACCUGUCCGACUUUCGCUCGACGUCCUGCCUUACUCCGUUAUCCUACGGAGUUCUCUACCUCUUCCUCAUCAUCAGCAUCGCUGUAUAUGCAGUCGAUCUGUUCACAUGCGCGAAUCUAUUAAUCUUCGACCGCUGGUCUGGUCAGGUAAAACCUGCCAUACCCUUCAAAAUCUCUAGGUGGAUCUUCACGGCUUGCAUCAUCCUUUCUUGGAUCCUAUUGGUAUACAGAUGGAUGAAGGCAGUGCGAGCCAUUAAGAGCGGCGUUAUUGCUGCUAGCUACCUCGACCCACUUGCUGUCCGAGUACAGAGUAUACGCAUGGGCGCCAACGGACGCGGCUGGAGGCGAUUUCUUGUCUUUGCUGCUCUUACGAAGGGGAGGAAGGGUAACGAGUAUGUAGCUUUGUUCACGUACUUUUCAUUUGAAGCAUGGCUGCGCAUCUGCUUUGCAGAAGGUCCUCGAGUCGCCAUCAACGCCCUUACUUUGUACUCGGUUAUGCAGGCGGAUCUUGUGCCGACAGGGCAGCACUCGGCCAGCGACGGCCAUACUUCUGUUGUCCAAUUCUUCGUCAACGUACAGAUACUGGCAAACAAGGACAAAGAGCAAGCUGCAAUAUUGUUCGGCAUGCUCUUUACGCUCAUAAUUUGGGUCAUUUCCGCUCUCAGUCUGGCCUUGGCGGUUUUGUUUUAUGUUCUUUAUCUAUGGCACCACAUCCGUGAUGGUAGCCUUUCACGGUAUUGCAGAAGAAAGAUUGAUACCCGACUGCACAAGAUCGUGAUGAAGAAAGUGAAUAAGGCCUUAGCGAAGGAUAGCAAUCCGCGAGCAAAGCAAGGAGCAAAAGGCCCGAAAGCUGGAAAUUUCCAAGCCGAUGCCAAACUUCAGCCAACAUUGCCCGUCUUAGACACUACAGGCGCACAAAACUUCGCACCAGGUUCGGGACAGACGGCACAGACAGAUACUUCGUUCAAUCCGCAUAGUCUCACAGCUGUCGUCGGCCCGGAACCUACCGUCCCCAACGUAUUCUUAAACCCUCGGCGACCAGAGUCGCCCUCUCGGUCCGUCACUCAGUCUUCUUUCCGCUCCCAUGGAAGCUAUGAAUCGAAUGCACCUCUGCUGAGUUCAGCUGGUGAAAUGGGCUACGGCGGCAACGGUCACCCUGGCCCUAAAGGCGCGCCGUCUAGGAUGGACUCUGAAGUUCGCACAUUGCACAGCGCGCGGCCUCCUCCCAAUCGGAGUCUUACGGGCAACUCCCAGAGCACACAACGAUCUUUUGACUCGUCCUCGUCAAGAUCCGGGCCACCGAAUCGAACUUUAACGGGAAACUCACAGAGCACACAAAGAUCCUUCCGCUCGUCCUCGUCAACAUUCGGGCCACCAAAUCGGCAGAAUAGUGACAUGAGUGGGAGGAUGACACCAACUUCCGUACCCUCUCAACCGCAAGUUCUUAAACCGAUGCCGCGAGAUAUGUCUUUGGGUGCUGUGGGAAGGCGUUCUUCAGGGCCCCCAGGCUUCGAUCCACCUACACAGGAGUUUGAGAUGCAUCCUCCGGUUAAUAGGGCAACUGAACCGCCCAGAAACGGUGGCUACUUAGCCUUCAACCCCCAUACAUUCAAUCCUCACACACAGAGCGCCUCAUCUGGAUUACCGGUCUCAGUAUACUCAACGCCACCGUCUGCGGCGCCACCUCGCGAAUUUAUGCUACCGCAUGGACCACCGAACGAUUAUUUCGGAUCAAUUGACCGGCCAGCUCAACGAUCUGGAACAGCGCCUCUACCCCAACCCACUACCUUGAAUACUUCUCCAGAUGAUCCAUACGAGGGGAAUUGGCAACAGCCUUUUACAAGUCCUGUGGGUCCUUCGAGACCUGCAACGGCUAUCCCCAGUGCUGGAUACGGGCAGAGAAGACCAAUGCCUCCUCGCUACUGA